AUUGCUUGAUUUAUUUUAUAAAUUUGUUUCUGCCGCUCAUUAUGAACAAUUAUAAUUUUAAAAAUGCCGAUGAAAUUAAAGAGUUUUUGAACAAUAUUCAUAUUGAGUAUUCGUAUUCCUGUUAUAGUGAACAUAAACCCGACGGUUGUCACUUGCUUGGAGAUUAUUUUGAGAGUGUAAAGAGGGACUUUAAAAAAGCGGCCAGUAUUUAUCAAAAUAAUUGUGACAAUCUUGAUUUUCCAAAAAGUUGUAAUAAAUUUGGAUUAUGGAGUAUUGUAGGUAAAGGCUGUGAGAAAAACUUGCAACAAGCUAUGAAAUACCUGAAAAAAUCUUGUACGUUAAAUGAGAUUCAAGGCUGCGUAGCAUUAGGAAUAUUAACAGUCUCAUUUCCGCAAAUUCAUAAUAAUAAUAAGGACAUUGUUAUAGAAGAUGGUAUAAAAGUGUUGGAAAAGUGUUGCCAGGAGCAUAAUUCUGAAAAGGCGUGUUUCCAGCUUUCCAGUACUUAUAUAAGUGGUAUCGAAGAUAUUUUAGAAAGAAAUAUGCAAAAAGCUUACAAAUACUCGUUGAAGGCAUGCGAGCUGGGAAAUUAUUACGCUUGUGGAAAUAUUUCACAAAUGCAUGAGAAGGGCGAAGGUGUGGAGAAGAGCCCGACAUUAGCAGAAACAUUCAGAAAAAAAGCUGCGGAUAUAGAAAAAGAAAUUAAAGAAGUUCGUUCGAUGGAGUUUGGCCAUGGUAUAAAAGUAUAG